AGAUGGGAGGACGGAGAAAUCCUAGGAAUGAUUCUCACUAACUCCACGUCUAUCCUGAUACCAUUGAGUGAAACCUCAAACCUUCGAGUUGAAGUAUCGCUGCUGGGUAGUUCUAAGAUCUCAACUCCUCUCCAUGUCUCUGCUCCGGUAAGGAGUGAGGUUAAGGUUGAGGACGGAUCUAAUCUAGGCCCUGCUGUAACUCUGGCAGUUUUCCUCACAGCUCUAGUUGUACUCCUCAUCAUGCUUGUUAUACUCUCUAGGGUGUACAAGGUUGUGUACGACAACAAACAUACCAUCAACAGAUCUUCAAACAAUUUAACCAUCUCAUAUCCAACAUACAGGUCUACUAAAUCUAGCAGAUCCAACAAGUCUACGAAGGAAACACUGCAGAGUUUUGAGAGUUUUUUGCAAAUAAAUAAACUCUCACCUCUGGACCUAGGACUGGACUCUGUAGAAAUCAAACAGAAUUUUAAAUAACUCUCAACUCUGGGAAAAUAUAUAGAGUUUAACUCUUCAGAGAAAAUUACAUUCCUUUAUAAAAAGCGGGUUUAUAUGGUAUGCUCAACAAUAUUCAUUGAACCCCGCUAACCUGAAAAUCUGAUGUAUGCAGUUCCAUGUGAAUUAAAACUAUUAACCUCGGACAAAUUAAAAUCAAUGGAAAUUAAAAUUAGGUUCGAUUAUAAACCCUUGGACCACUCCCUCGGGUUUAUCAUUGAAUACAAGAGGGGUCGAAAUUUCUUUUGGUUUAAAUUUGGUUGAUAGUAAAUGAUAUAUUGAAUAAUCUAAAAGGAAUGAUCAUAUGAAUAAAAGAAUAUUAGACCCGGUGUAAAAAAUGUAAUGCUCAUUAAAAUAGUUUCUGUAACAAAAUACGUUAAUGCAAAUUGUAGCAAAAAAAAGUACAAUCGUUCCUUUUCUUUGAGAAAUAUAGAUAAAAUUUGUUGUUA